AAUGAUAAAAUGGUUUUGCAUUCUAAUCAUCAUUGAAAAUUUACUAGCAUAAGAUUUUCAUGUAACAAUAGAAGAAAUAGAAGAAGAAAUCAGUAUUAUCUAAAUUUAUUCAGAUAGAUAAAAAGAAGAUUUACUAUGGAUCUACAGUGAGAAUAGAACAUUAAACUUCAGAAUAUUUUCUUCACUCUCAUUUGGUGUCUUAUGGAAGUGGAUCAGGAUAGCAAUCAGUCACAGGAAUGUAGGCUGAUCAUGAUUAUAACAGUUUAUGGACUAUCAAAGAGUGUUACAAUCAACCAUUAAAAAAAUAUGGUAUUAAAUUACGUGUAUUAUUUAUAGAUGAUCAAAUAAAAUGUGGAGAUUGUAUUAGAUUAGAGCAUAUGUUAACAAAUAGAAAUUUACAUUCUCAUCCUCAUUAAGCACCUUUUUCUGGUAAUUAAGAGGUUUCUGCUUAUGGAGAUAAUGGUAAUGGAGAUUCAAGUAAUAAAAUUAUUAUAUAUUAAAUAGGUGAUGAUUGGAUACUAGAAUGUGUAGAUAAUAAAAAUGGAGAUCAUUUUUAAGCAUCAAUGUGGUUUUAUUUGAAACAUAAAUUAACAUCAAAAUAUUUGAGGAGUAAUAAAAAAGAUAAUUUUAAUCAAAGAAAUUGUGGAUAUCAUUGUCCAAUAGAAGGUUAACUUGAAAUUAGUGCUUAAACAACCAAAAAUGCAGAUGCAAAAUGGAAAAUAUAUUCAGGAUUAUUUUAUCAAUUACCAUAAUAAAUAGAAGAUGAUUAUGAAUAAGAUGGAAGACAUUGCAACACUUAUGGUUAAUGUGAUGAUAUAGAUGAUGAUGAUGAUGAAUUUGAGACUGUUAUAUAAAAAGACUUGUGA